AUGAACCCAAACACCAAGACUGUUACUUUCUUCGGCGCUAGUGGCGGUGUUGGCCUGUCAGCCCUCAAGCAUACCCUCGCUGCCGGCUACCAGUGCAUUGCACUCUGUCGCCAGCCUUCCAAGCUCACAUCAAUCUUCCCGGAGUCGACCCCAAAUCUCAAGGUCAUCGAAGGCAAUGCGCACGACGUGGAAGCCGUCUCGAAAUGCCUCGUGUCCAAAGACGGCAAAAUUGUCGACGUCGUCCUGUCAACCCUCGGCAGCCGACCCAACAUGCGCAAGAUGAGUAUCGAGGACCCUGAGGUCUGCCAAAAGGGCGCUGCUGCUCUUAUUAAGGCUCUCGAUAACCUUCAGAGCGAUGGUGUCACUGGAAAACCGCAUAUAAUUAUGUUCGGCACCACUGGAAUCUCCCGCUUCGGUCGCGAUUAUCCUAUUGCUGUGUUCCCGAUCUACCACUGGAUGCUCAAGGUCCCGCACGUGGACAAGCGGAUCACAGAAGAUCGCUUCGCGGAUAGCGGUCGGCCUUUCACGAUUGUUCGUGCCAGUCUGCUCACCACCGGCGAGACCACAAAGAAGGUCCGCGUUGGCAUUGAGGACCCUAAGACUGGUCGCGAGUCAGAAGCUAUUGGCUAUGCCAUCUCCAGAGAGGAUUCGGGGAAGUGGGUUGCGGAGAACUUGAUUUUGAGGACAGAGAAGCAGUACGUGAACAAAAUCGCGAUGAUCACGAAUUGA